AUGGUAUUAAUUUCCAGGUUUGCCUGCAAGGGCAUAGUCGACAAAUACAUAGAAUAUGAUCCUGUGAUAGUAAUGAUUGACCUUGUUCUAAUGUCCAAAGAAGCUCAGAGGCAUAUCUUAUACAACACUGAUUUUAAGACAUUUUGGAAAUUGUUCAUUAUACUCGUGAUGCUGGAGACGUAUGCCGUAUGGCGCAGUGAUAGUUUAUUUUCGAUAGCCGUCAACACAAUCUGCGAUAUUAAAAGUAAUUAUACAAUCAAUUCCACUAAUAUAAACCUUCCCAUAAAUUUGUCUGUGCCAGAGUCGUGGCGGAAUAAUUGCAGAGGUUGGGUUCAAGAUAGUAAAGGCGAUGACAGUGAUUUAUUUAUCUGGGAAAAGGAUUUUUAUGUGCAAUUUAUAUCUACAUUUUCCGGUAAUGUUGAACAAAACAUCUUUUUUUUAGACACGAUUUUGACGCGAAAGAAUUGA